AUGUUUGCCAGCAUCUUUACUCUGACAGCUAUAAGUUUGGAUCGUUGUUUGUCCAUCUGGGUGGUGGUGUGGGCACAGAACAAACGCACAGUCUGCAAAGCUCGGCUCAUAUGUGUUGGUAUCUGGGUGACUGCUGCGAUCUGCAGCACUCCAUAUGCCACUUUUCGCACCGUGUCAGGAGAUAAUGGGACAUAUUACUGUGGUUAUUCUAUGACACAUGAACAAGAAUGGAGUCUCCACAUUUUUCGCUUUGUUAUGGGCUUUGUGAUCCCUUUCCUGGUAAUAGUCGUCUCUUAUGUGGCCAUAGGGAUCCGUGCAAUGCGCAUGCAGAGAACAAGGAGAAGGAGAUCUCGCCGAAUCAUUUUCUCCAUCAUUUUUGCAUUCUUCAUCUGCUGGUUACCCUUCCAUGUUUUUAACUUUAUAGAAUUAAAGGCUGUGAAUAACCCAGACCUCAGGAACAUUGUUAGAAUCAUGGGUCCUCUGACUGUGAGUCUGGCUUUUCUGAACAGCUGCCUGAACCCCAUCCUCUAUGUUUUCAUGUGUGAAAAAUUCACGAAGAAGCUUCGGCAGUCCGUAUGUUUUGUACUUGAGAGUGCUCUGGCAGAGGACCACGUGUCAUUUAUCUUCACUCACUCCAUGUCAUCAACAUUUUCAAGGAUUUCCCGAAAGUCAGAUGCUGCCACGACUUUAGAGAAGAUCAACCCAGCUGCUUUUGAAUCCUGCACAGAAAGCAAAGUAGUCAUCACUGACAAGACACUUAGCACUUAAUAAGAUCUCACCAAUAGAUGAUGAAAUAAAUCAAUAAUGCAAGACGUUCAUCUCAUCUCUUUGAAACAUACAGUAUAAUGUUGGUACCCUGGCUCUGAUUA